UCUGCUGAGGAGAAAUUAUCAAUUUGUGAAAAGCUAGAUGAUUUAAGCCUUAUGUAUUUUAAAAACAAUGAAAAGUAUCAUUUCAGAAAGAUUAGAUUUAGAUAAACAUUUACAAGAAGGUUAUAUUGACAUGGCUAAGUCGCGUUACUUAAUGCGAGGUCAGGAAAUUAGUAUUCUCCAAGUAAACGAAUCUAAUCUGCUAGCAACAAGAAAAGUUGUUUCUUCAGUUGUAAAAGAGGAGGGAAGAGAGUUCAUUAGUUUUACACUCUCUGAAGUUUUACCAAGUGAUGAUAAUGGCAAUGCAGAAAAUCUUAGAUUCAGACAUUCCAAGAAAGGGAAAAAUGAAAAUGAAUUGACACAAGAUUUUAAAGAAUUAUCUUUAAGUAACGAAGAUGUGUCGUCAUCAUUGCAUGAAAGUACCAAUGCAUCUGUUCCCAAUGUUGUUGAUCCAUUGCAUUGGUUUGGAAUAUUGGUUCCAAGAGAAUUCAGAAACUGUAAAACAAAGUUUCAAGAAUCCAUCGGUACUGCCAUAAAAAUUGUGACAUUGCAAAAUGAACUGAAAGCUCUGUGCAGUUCUUACCGCAGUCUUCGACUACAAAAGAAAGCUUUACAUAAUGGCACGUAAUUAAUUCUAAGAAUUUUCUUUUAAAUAUGUGAAAUAUAUUACAUAGUGGUUAAUUUAUGUCUGUAUGUUUAAACACUCUAACUGUUAGAGUUGGAAUUCUAAUUAUCAGAAUUUAUUUUCGAACAAAGUGCAAUUUCUCUUGCAAAAUUAAUGUAAGCUAUACUUCAAAGAUGCUUGUUCUCAAAGAAUUAUUGCAUAUUACAGCAUAUUUUUUAUGUGAACAGCAUAUAUUGUUUAUCAAAGGAGGAAAGGGUGAAAAGUUUAAAUAGUUUCAAUAACUGAUAGUUUUUAUAGUCAAGAUUAUUAUUUAAUUUAUUCUGGUGAAUUUCCAUGGAUGUUACGUGGAUAAAUUUUUUGAUAUAUUUAACAUAAUUGAGUGUA